UAAGUUGGAUUUGAGUAUUUGGAUUUUACUUUGUGAGGUCGUAGUCUGUUCUCAACUAUGGCAGAUAGAAAAGCUGUUCAAAAGUAUUACCCUCCUGCUUACUUUGAUUACUUAUCCAAGGGAGGGAAGAAGAGUAUCAACAUGUUUCAAGGACAACAUCCCCUAAGAGAAAGAGCAAGAAAACUGAAGAGUCAAGGCAUACUCAUCAUUCGUUUUGAGAUGCCUUUCAAUAUUUGGUGUCUCGGAUGUAAUAAUCACAUAGGAAAAGGUGUUCGCUAUAAUGCGGAAAAGAAAAAAGUAGGCUCUUAUUUUAGUACAACAAUAUGGAACUUUCGUUUCAAGUGUCACUUGUGUGAUAAUUAUAUUGAAAUACAAACAGACCCAGCUAGUCGAGAUUACGUUGUAGUAGCUGGAGGAAAGAGAAAGGAAGAAGGUCCUGGAGAAGGUGACAUAUGGAUUGAAGAAGCAACACAGCAAACUUCGGAUGCUUUUGAAGCUUUAGAAAAGGAACAGAUUCAACUGCAAGUGGCAAAGACAGAGAAUGAACACAUCCAAGAAUUGGAAAGUUGGAAAAAGAAGAGUUAUGAAGAUGAUUACGCUUCUUCACAAUUGGUUCGAAAGAGGUUUAGGGAAUGGAAAAAAGCUCUAACAGAAGAACAGAAACAAGAUGAAGAAUUGGCUUCACGUCUCAAUUUGUUCAUUCCUUUGGUUCCCAAAGACAAGUCGACUACUCCAAUUUCAAAACCUGCUGCUAGUGGUGCUCCUCAGAUAACUAGAAUUACUCCCAGAAAGUCCACACAUAUCCUUCCUCGUGCAAAAUAUGGUUACUUUGCACAUAUGCAGAGAAAGAAGUAUUGAAAUAUUGUAAAUCUGAUAGAAUAUAACUUAAAUGGAAUGA